AAUUUAUUUUUUUUUCAUGUUUCCUAGCUUUUCAAAGAUGACAUUAGAUAUCUGCUGACAAUGGAUAAGCUGUGGAGGAAAAGAAAGCCUCCAGUGCCACUGGACUGGGCUGAGGUACAAAAGCAAGAAGAGAACAUAUCUGACCAGCAGAAUGAGAGCUCUGCAGUGUUGAAGGAUCAGCAGGUUCUCAAUGUCAGGAGCUAUGCAGACCUGUUUUCAAAGAGUGUUAAAACCCUGAGUCUUCACCUGGCUGAGAAGGCUGAUGGAGAAGCACUUAUAUGGGAUAAGGAUGACCCUUCUGCCAUGGAUUUUGUCACUGCUGCUGCAAACCUCAGGAUGCAUGUUUUUGGAAUGAAUAUGAAGAGCAGAUUUGAUAUCAAGUCAAUGGCAGGAAAUAUUAUCCCAGCUAUAGCCACUACCAAUGCAGUGAUAGCUGGGCUGAUAGUGCUGGAGGGUUUGAAGAUUUUAUCGGGAAAAAUAGAUCAGUGUAGAACGGUAAGUGGGAAUAAAAUCCAUUUGUUUUCUU